ACAUGGGUAGCACUCCAAUGCCAAUCUCGAAUUCAUCAUCGGGAGAGAGCACAAGUUCAACCUUGAUGUACCUACUGGAACUUAGUAACAACCAAGAGAUUUCAAAAGCAAAGGGAUCUAAAGCUUCAGCCACAGUCCCCAGAAAGAGACACUCUGACCCGCCUUGGCUGUUUGGAGUCCUCUGGGUAGAGAGGAUACAAAUGAGAUACAUAGUAUCUAAACGAAAAUUCAACAGAAUUAUGAAAGAAGACCGGGAUGCUUUAAAGUUGUUAAAUCAAUCUGACGUUGUCCUAAAACAAAUGGAAGAAUUAAAAAGAAAUAUAGAAAAAAGUCAGGAACCAACAGAAGAUGAAGAAGCUGACUACCUGUUUAUGAUUGACCCUGAUCUGUUUAAAGACGAUAGUUCAAGUGAUUCUCGAGAAAUUGAAGCCAGUGAGAAACUAAGGUGCUCAUUUACAUCAUUUUCUGCAUCAAAUACCACACACAAAAUAAUUACCAAAUCAGGAAAUGGUGACGAUAAUAGUCUCUCUGAGACAUGUGAUUCUCUUGUCGGUGAUGAAAUGGAUGACCAGGAAAAGAAGAGCGAGUCUGAAUGUCAUUUGCUGGCAAAUUCAGGUUAUAAUGACAGUUCUGUUGACAUGGAGUCAACAAGCUCUACGUCCAGUGAUCUAACACUCAGUGAUUCUAGGAGUACAGAUAAUAAAGGAAGUUCAAUGAAAGAGUCGGAUACACAAUCGUCAAAGUUUUCCGAGAGAAUCAAGGACUCAGAAUCUGAGAAUGUCCUGAACCAGACUCAACAUCUGACCAGUCAAUUCUAUUAUUUCUUUGUUAAGAAUCCAACGAAAUUUAAACAUUCCAAAAAUGGCUUCUGGAUUAAAGAAGCUAACAUGAAUGAACGGAUAAAGAUGGAGUAUACUUUAAAAACUAAUUCAAGGAAAGAUGUACUUUCUGAUGAUUUGAACAGAUUGGAUGAAAUGAAUCAAUCAGCUGUGGUUCAAAAGCAAUUUUCUUAUCUGUUAGAAGACGUUAAAACCGAAGAACAGAAAAUUCUAUGUAGUUUUUGUGAAAUUCUGGGAGAAAUGUCUUCAAAUACCAAAUGCUCAACUUGUGCUAAGGAACAAAAUAUGAAAACAAUGCAUGAGAACUUUUUCGACAGUCUGUUCAUGAAGCCUUUGUUCCCACAAGGCAUUCAGGAAGCUUACUUGUCGGAGGAUCCAAUCAGAGAUUCACCAGAUAUGGAGGACGUAUAUGAUAUAAUUGAUGCAGUGGACUAAACAUUUUAAAACGGUCCAUGUUUUCUUGUCUGUUCAUAGACGACUUUCAUCAGCAUGAAUUUUUGAACAUCUCAAAUGUCCCAAUGCUUAUGCUAUUAUUGAAUGAAGUCAUUUACAUCAAUUUAUGUGGGGUAAACGUAUUCAUAAAAGGAACUGGACAUCGGUGUAUUGUGAAUGGUUUUAUGGUUGUCGUCAUAUCACAAAGUCACUUUGAAAUAUAUUCUGGUAAAGAUAGGAGUCCCAAACAGAAUAGUAUGGCAUAAUUGCUUUACGAUUGCGAAAGGAAUUACUUAAUGUAUACAAGUGUGAGCAUAUAUAUAAGAAAAUGACAUAGCCACAUUUAAUGUUCAUAAAAAUCAAGUGUUUUCUUUGUUUCACUAGCAAACCGGAAGUUCGGGUCAAACUUAUCAAGUCGAAUCAUUCAUUUUGAUGUCAGCGAUAUGUCCUUAAAUUAUUAAGGCCGGGUCAACGUAUUUGACGUCAAAAAACCGUCAUAUGAGCAAAGUGAUACAGACAAUAGGACGACCGAUAAUUGGUACUAUUACCUCUUAAUACAUGUAGAUACUGGAUUCAUUUCUACUCAGUUUUAUUUUGUCUGUUUGUGCAAAUUAAAUUUCUGGGUAUUAAUUUUUUUAUAUCUAUUGUAUAAAUAUGUUGUCAUUUGUGUAUGAAAAAACAGAUUUGCCGGUUCAGAGGCAUUUAUGAAAAGCAGGAAGCAAAACUAGGACAUGAGACAAACAUUAUUUUUAACAAUAUUGUACAAUGUGGUAUAAGGUAUUAAUU